GGGCUCGUGCACUGGAUGAUUCAGCAGCAGCUUGCGGCCCGCGGACACGCCACACAACCGGGCUUCAAAACCGGGCUGAAGCGGGCCAAAGCGAGCAGUACCGGGGUGAUAACGGUGUGUAUUGGGAAGACGCACGCCUUGCUCACUGCUUCACCUCACGGGAGCCACAAAAAUACGUGAAAUAACGAGUUUUUUAGCCGUAAACCGGACUGAAACAAGGAGAAACCGCAGCGAGAGCCGAGCAGCGCCGGAGAAAGCCGAAGAUACCCGAAGUCCUCCGAGCGCCCUCCCGUCUCCUCUGCGGACCUUCUCUUUGGAUUUUAACAUCUUUGAACGCUCUGGAAUGACAUUUUAACACGGCAGACACCUGGAUACGUGCCGUAACUUUAUUAUAGUAAAAGAAAACUGGAUAAAAAUGCUUGAAAAACGACGUAUUUCCGUGGUUAGUUUCGGAUGCUGCUGCUGUUGCUAGCACUUGGCAGAUUCUCUCCAUCGCGGCCUCCAUGUUGAGGAGGGCGGGGCCUGAUGUCUGCCCCGCCUCCCGCCGCCAUGCCGACCGCCGUCAUGACGACCGCGCCAGUGUCUAGGCUGCCGAAGUUCACCGCAUCCUCGACGCGGCUAACGAAACCGGCGCUAACUCCCAAAAACUCAUCCAAUAAUACAUCUGCUCCUACUGCUGCUGCUAAUGCUAAUGCUAAUGCUAACGCCGACAUGGGUCAAGCUGCCUCUGUAAACAAUGGACAUUCUGUUAGCUCCACGACUAGCCGCCUUAGCAAUGGAUUCUACCACCAUUCGGUAAUAACUUCAGGAGUUAAAACCAGUUUGGUCAACGGUAACGGCAAACAAAAUGGUUUCAUACGAACGCCGACCAACUUUACCGCAAAAUGGCGUAAGGAAAACGUGGAAGACGCGACUGCCGACUUCGAAUACAAGUCAGGGAAGAACGCUAACUGUAAGAAAUCUCCGAAUAAUUUCACUGGAAAGACUCGAGUUUUGACUCCAAAUGCAGUUUCAACCCCAAAAGUUAUUCCCAAAUCAGGAAACGCAAAAGUUACUCAGAAGUCGACGCUGAAUUGUUUGGCAAAAAAGCAAAAUGGUAGUAGUUUGCCCAAAUCCCGAAGCGCAUCGCCGCUGGAGGUUAAGAAACAGGUCGCAGGAAGGUCCCAUUCCAGUGACAGCAUUGGAGCGGCGCAAAACGGUACGCUAACGACAAGAGAUAAGAUAAGAUCGAGAAGUUUAACACAAGUGCAGAGACAGCCAUCACCCACCGGUACGAAUCCGGUGGGGAAAAGCAGAGCGUAUUCAACAAACAGGGCGGAGAGGAAAACAGGAAGUGCAACAGCGUCAAUGCUGCCGACGGCGAUGGUAAAGAAGCCGCUGGUGCCGAGACAAAAUGGAGGAGGGACUUUCAAAAUAAGAGCGGGGAUUUUCAAAGAGCCAGGACCGAUCCGAGUGAAGAAUGAACCAAAAAGGAAUCAGAGGAGGAAUUCUGUGGAGACGCCAUCGGAUCCAGGCAGCUCUCCAGAGGCUCCGGACUCCAGGGGCCCCUCGUCGGAGCAUGGAUCCCAGAAUGAGGUGUCGAUGCUGGGGGAGACUCUGGAGGACAUGUCCCUGUCCUCCACCUCAUCUCUGGAUCAUCACGAUGCCAGCCAAGAGUACAUGGACGACUUUGACAACCUGGGUAACGGCGGUGUGGGGAUGCUCCUGACCUCCUGCGCUCAGAACGACGACGAGGACUCGGGUCUGGACCGAUCCCGUUUCCACGACGACGAGGAGAGGGUGGGUGUCAACGGGGUCUCCACGGCGACGGAGCUGUGUUUCCUCGACGACGGGCUGGACUGGAAUCACAUCCGACUUGCAGGAGACAGAGACCACCCCCUGAGGAGACUCUCUCGGAGGAGGAGGUCCAGCCAACCAGACUACAACAGCCAGUGCGGUUCUUCUCUGGACCUCUCUCCGUCCGACAGCUGUGGCUCUGGGGGCACGUUUCUCUGGGACGAGGAGGUGGAGCCACUAGGGGGCACUGUCCCGAUCCCGGCUCAGCCCCCGGUCCAGGCCUCGGUCCAGGUCUCAGCCCGGAUUAACUCUGGACUCCAAAACGGGUUCCAUCAAAACCAGGUCGAGACCAAACCAGGCCAAGACCUGACUGACUCGCUCCAUGUGGGGAGUCUGCACUCGGACAUCAGUAGCAUCGAUGUUUUAAACGACCUGGAGUCAUGUGACCUGGAUGACGAUGACCUGAUGUUGGACGUGGACUUCCCUGAGGAGCACUCCCUCACCAGCGAUGGUGGGUCUCACAUGGCCGAGUGGAGGAGGAGGCAGCUGUGUUGGGGAACGACAGACAGCGAGUUUCACACAGACAAAGUGAGUGUGGAGCAGCAGAGCAAGAGGAAAGACUCUGAGCUGAGCUUGGACCUGUGCCUCACCAGUCUGAAGAAACCCAGUUUGGGUGUGGAUGUGGAAGAGCUGGUGGAGGACUGCUCUGCUGUCAGAUCUCAACUGGAAUAUCUACAGAAACUACUCCUACAGGAGGACGAUGCAGAUGAAGACACUCUGACCACAGACACUCUGAGUCCAGAGACAGACUCCUCCUCAGAUGGGACAGAGACCCAGGUGGAGGUGCUGCUACAGGAAGUGCUUCAGCUCCGAGAGGAAGUGAGAAGUCGAGACCAAACCAUCGCUCAACUCUCACAACAACUGAGCGCAGUAGCAGAAGUGUCCAGCAGAUGUCGCUGUCAGAACGUGGACACGGCAGAGGUUCAGACUCAGACCAGAGAGAAAGAGACAGAGAGCACCGGGUCACAGACGCCGUGGAACACGGCUCCUCCUCCUCUCCUCUUCCUCUCUCCUCCCUGGCAGUACCAGAGAUCCAGCCCCUUUAGACCAAGAACUAAACCAGGACUAAACCAGGAGUACGCCCACAAACCCUGCGAUACUUCAGCCCGAUCAGAGCCGCCAGGACCCACUGAUCAACAACAGCUCCGUCCAAUCAGGAAGCCCCUCUGAUGCCCCGCCCUCUCCACUGCCCAGCCCCUCUCACACCGCCACCGCCGCAGCAGAGGAACAUGGGAAACGCAGUCCGCUUCCCUCCAAGCUUCGCCUCUUCAUGUUCUCUGGUUCCUCCCACUUCAAACCCGCUUCCUCCUUAAGCCCCGCCUCCAAGCGCAAACCCGCCCAAUCUCCAGGAAGUAGAGUCAAGUCGAGCCCCGCCCCUUCCUGUCCGUCGCCGUCGUUUUCCCGUCUUCCCAAACCAAAGACUCACUGAGAGCGCGAACCCAAUGCAAUCCAAUGGUAAACGGACUGCGGAGCUAACGACGCUAAAGCUAAUGCAGUUUAUUUCAGCUAAAACUAUGUGCAAUGACUUCUGGGAAAUGUAGGCAAACACUGACAGGAAGUGGAGUCUGUUUUAUGGUUUGGUUUUAAAACUGUACCAGAAGCAAACUAGGACUAAACCAGGACUGAACCAAGACUAAACAAAAAUCGAAACCAGGACUGAAUCAGGACUAACUCUGGGCUAAAUAAGGUCUAGAUGAACUAGACUUAACCAGAACUAAGUCAGGAGUUGACCAAGAUCAAAAAUCAAUCAGGACUACACAGGAAUUCACUUGGUCUAAACCCAGACCAAUAACCCCUCAACCAGAACUAAACCAGGACUCAACUAGGUCUAAAAACAGACUAAACUAAGCCUGAUCUAUAACUAAAUCAGGACUAAACCAGGACUGAACCCAGACUAAACUAGGCCUUAACUAGAACUAAACCAGGACUUAACUAGGUCUAAGCCAAGUAUAACCCAAGUUUAAAACUUAACCCCCAAAUGGGGGUUAAGGCCCGUCAACCAACUAAACCAGGACUUACCCAGGUCCAAACCAGGACUUCACCAGGUCUAAACCCGGACUUAGGUAGGUCUAAACCAGAACUUAACUAGGUCUAAACCAGAACUUAACUAGGUCCAAACCAGGACUUAACUAGGUCCAAACCAGGACUUAACCAGGUCCAAACCAAGACUUAACCAGGUCCAAACCAGGACCAGCACCUUGUCCUGGUCUGUACUACUGCACUACAAAGUCACUACAAACAAUUUCUGAAAAAAAGCGUGCCAUUUUAAAUCUAUAAAGUUUUUCUUACAAAUUUGUUUUAAAAAGUUUGAAUGAAAAACAAAAUAUAUGAAAUUUAAAGCUGAUUCUGUCUAAUUUGUUAAAACUUUGAGCUGAAAUAAUUUUAAUUAAGACAAAGGAGCAGAAGAUUAAACGUAAGAAUCACAUUUUAACAGGUUUGGAUAAUGGGAAAUGUUUAGGUGUGACAUGAAAAACUUUAGAAAAUGUUCAUAAUUAUUUCAAAAAUAAUAUGAAUACAACACACUACAAAACACUAUUAUGAAUUACACAA